UGUAACGACUCCAUCAUAGAUGGCAAUACCUGUAACGAGUUUGUAAUUCGUGAACAAGUGCAAGGUGAAGAACCUUUGCCAUUUUACAGUAGUCUGAAACAGUGGCAGUUGUUCCGUUAAUUAGCCAGAUGUUUGCAGUUGUUAAGUGGGACAGUAUUUGAUAAUCGUCAUCGGGUCACCUGAAACUUAACAAGAAUUCGAAAUUCUGGAGAUGUCUUGAGAAAUGGGACAGACAUCCAGCAGCCUUGGUCAAAACAAAGGGGGUGCAGGGAGUGGAGGCAGAACGGUCCAGCCAGCAGUAAGCGUGUCGCAGGGACCUGUGCGCUGCGAAAGGGCGCCGCGCACGGGCGGCAGCGGAACCAACAACCUGCCGCCGCUGCAGUUCCACCAGGUGCACGGCGACAACAUCCGCGUCUCCAGGGACGGCACCGUCGCACGCCGCGCCGAGAGCUUCUGCAAGGGCGUCACCUUCUCCAGCAGGCCCGUCAAGAUUUCCGAAAAGGUCUGUGUGAAGUUCCUAGAAGUUUCUAAUAACUGGAGUGGCGUCAUUCGCUUUGGAUUCACAUGCAAUGAUCCAAAUAACCUGAGAUAUGCUCUUCCAAAAUACGCUUGUCCAGAUCUGACGAACAAGCCCGGCUACUGGGCAAAGGCACUUGCCGAGCGGUUUGCAGAGCGCGAUACGGUACUCUUCUACUAUGUGACUCCGGCCGGUGAUGUGCACUUUGGUAUCAACGGCGAGGAAAAGGGAAUAUUCUUCAGUGGUGUAGAGACACGCGGCCCCCUCUGGGCCAUCAUAGACGUGUACGGAAAUUCGACGGCCAUAGAGCUGGUGGACCCGCGCCAGCAGCUGAACAACUCACGCCGCAACCUGUCGCCGCAGCAGUCGGCUGCCACAGAUUCCAGCCCUGAUGCCAUAGAGCGGCUCAUCUUGCCCUCACUGACAUCGCUCUCCAUCCACCAGCCUCGUCUGGAAGACACCCCACAGCCUCAGCCACCUCCAUUGCCACCACAGGAGUCUGGUGCCGUGGUACCUGUUACCUCUUCAUAUCAACAUCAGCAGCAACAACAGCAGCAGCAGCACUCCCAACCUUCUCAUCCAUACUUGAGCCCAUUGCCCUUUCACCGUACUCGUGGACGCAAUAUUCGACUUAGCAAUGAUCGCUGCAUUGCUACGAGGAGUGAUGCAGAAUUUUCUCUGGGCUAUGUUUUUACUUCGCGGCCAGUACAUCUGGGUGAAAAGAUUGUUAUCCAGGUUUUGGCAACCCAGUCUCUGUACGUGGGCUCACUGGCAUUUGGCCUGACGUCUUGUGAUCCAGCUACUCUUCAACCAGCUGAUCUGCCAGAUGACUCUGAUCUCCUGUUGGACCGUCCAGAGUAUUGGGUAGUCAGUAAAUAUGUGGUAAACUCGCCACAAAGAGGGGAAGAACUCUCAUUUUGCAUUACUCAUUCAGGUGAGGUACAAGUUUCGAGAAAUGGAGGUCCACCUGCAGUAGUGAUGCAUGUUGACCACACAUUGCAGCUGUGGGCUUUCUGGGAUGUGUACGGCAACACUCAGAAGAUUCGUAUCCUAGGGAGUCAGAUGGAACAGCCAGCACCACCACCGCCUCAUUUACACCAUCCACGUUCACUGCCAGGUUCCCGAAAUUCAUCUCCUCCUCCGAGGACAGCUGAGGCAUUGGCUCCAGGAAGACUUAGAGUGAACCUUCCAGCAAUGAACGGUGGAGUUUUAGACCACGCAGACAGACAAAUCCGCUCUCCUGAAGGAGCGGCGGCACCAGUCCAACCUCCCCCUUCUGUACCUGUCCCUGUCGCUGUGCCAGUCACGACCGCACAGGCGGAACUGGUGCAGUACCAGUCAGCGGCAGGUCCGGGCUGUGGCACGGUGCUCGUGGUGAAACUUCCACCUGCUCAUUCCAACUACCUCAAUCAACAAAACCAACAAAACAGGCACAACCAUAGUGUUUCACCUGGUGAACCGUCAUCUUCUGGAACACUGUUAUCGACGUACUCUCAUACUUACAUAGAGCCAGUGUCGGCUACUUCGUACUCGACUAUAGACUCGACGACGACACUUCAGCAGUGGGCAGAAGCUACAGGAACUUCUGGAGGAGGUACUGGUACGGAAUGCACAAUCUGCUACGAGCGGCCCAUUGACAGUGUACUCUACAUGUGUGGACACAUGUGCAUGUGCUACGAAUGUGCUGUGCAGCAGUGGCGUGGGAAGGGUGGUGGCCACUGCCCUCUGUGCAGAGCAGUCAUCCGUGAUGUUAUUCGUACUUACAAGUCCUGAUAGCGGGCCCCAGGGCCCUCUUGCGGUGCCCCGCUGACUCCCUCCUGCCUGAGGUCAUUUCCAAAGAAGCCUUUCGCUGUGCGAUCAUCCGUGUUGUUGGACUAGGACUGUCUUUUAUACUAGGAUAAGGUGUAAAUUUGUCAUUGUUAAAAAUAAUGUAUAAAAGCUUUUUGUGACUGUGUUGACACUGACGUAUUUUGCAAAGUUACCUUAAGAAUAUUAUUUAAAUUUUUUUACUGUAAAUUGUUGGAGUGUGCUUUUCUACUUCAAAAUGUGGUUUUUGAGAUUUUCUAAACUAAUUUACAGAACUUAGUACUGUAUAGGAUGUGACAUUCAGAUUGUGUGUGUCUCAUAUAGUGUCAAAAACACAUUAAAGCUGCAAUAUUGGUUUAUAGUACAAAUAUGAAAAAAUUUGUGACAGUUUCUAUGGAAAUGUCUUUAUGGAAUGCUAAAAGCCAAAAGAUUGUAUCUGAUAAAAUGUAACAUUCAAUGGCUGGCAAUUUGCCCUGUAAAUUUUUGCAUUGUGAUGUGUAAGUCAGUUUUCCAGUGAAAGGUCUAUUAUAUAGGUCUAAUCACUUAAGAAAAUUAACAUUCCAUUAAUGUCCUGAAAGUGUAGUAGAACUCUAGUCAACUUUUAUAACAUCUCUUUUCCACCAUUCUCAAGUAUUUAGAAGAUUGUCUAUUAUCUGAUUAUUAAAUUGUUUUGAUGUACUGUGUACAUAAACCUUCCAGAUAUUCUGUAAGUUGUGGUGACAUCCAUAAACUUAUUUGAAAUGCUUGGAGCUAGUCUGACUGGCCAGGAAAGUUUAAGAUCAGUUUCUUCAAUUAACCUGUCUGUAUGACUGGGAUGAUUUGUGUGUACAUGGAUAUAUUAAAAUUUAUCCCAAAAACUUGCUGAUAUUUUUCAUAAAGUUCUAUUUAUGCUUUGUGUAUAGAUUGAAGCACAUGUAAUUGAAAGUGCAAUUUUUAUUUAUUAAUGUUUGAAGAAGUUUGUAUGUCUUUAAAAUUUUUUCUUGGUGUUCAGAUUUAAUUCCUCCUGUUAAUUUAGUCAGUAACAUUCAUUCUUCUGUUGUCUUUCUUUAACAUCAGCACAAGUGCAAUUGUUACACAACUG